AUGCAAUACGAUGCUACCUGCGUUCCAGAGGAGUUGAAGGAGACUGUUGCAAUUGAAGAUUGCAUUUUUGGUCUCACACAAGAGAAGCUUCAAGAUGCUAUUAAAUAUCUUUCCCAGAAGCCAGAAGAAGAUCAUGAGUUUAUCUACAACUGCAUCAACAAAGCCGCCGAAACAUAUUCUGUUUCAUUCAAGCUCUAUGGUGAUUUGUGGGCUGGAUUAGGCUGGAAGUUAGCUGCAUACCCGAAUACAAGAUUUUCUGACUAUCUUCACCGCCGUGGCUUACACGAUCAGACAAUUUUCACAUGGGAAGCAACAGCCAAAGAGUACGAAGAGCUCUAUCCAAAGGACUCUCCACAAGCCGCUGUUUUUAAUGAAGAUGUCGACACUCUCAAGAAGCUUUCUGACAAGCAGGGAGCAUUAGAUGGCACAGUAGAUAUCGGUGGUGUCGAUUACAACCUCUUAGACCUCGCCGCUUAUGCUGCAAAGCCAAAGACGUUCUAUUAUCUUCUUUGCCGCCCAAUGGAAGUCACAAGGAACACAGUUGAAGCCGCUAUUGUCGGUGGAAACCCAGAAAUCAUUGAUUGGGUCAGAAAGAAAGGUUUAUCUUUCGAAUUAGCCCAAGAAAUCGCUGUUGAGAACCAUCGCAACGAGUUCUUAGCCACACUUAUCAAGCACUACGAUCUUGAGAACGUCAGUUCCGUCAAAGUUGCUCUCAACGCUUUCAAUACACAAUUCUUCUGCUUCUUACUCAAGAACGGCUUUCCAUUGAACAAGUUGGACCGUUUCGAUACAACACCACUCAUGGUCGCUGCUGCAAACAGACACAAUCACCUCGUAAAGUACUUACUCAAGCAUAAUGACAUUAACGCUGCAAAAACUACAGGAGAAACAGCUCUAAUGGAAGCUGCUACAGCAGGAUGCUACGAAAUGGUCAAAUACCUCCUCGCAAACGGUGCUAAUAAGGAUAUGAAGGAUUUCGAAGGAGAAACUGCCGCUGACAGAGCAAAGAUCCAAGCUAUCAAAUCUCUCUUAUAA